AUGGGAAUCAAAGGUUCCAAGCCAAAACUAUCCAAGGAGGAUUUGGAAUUUUUGAAGAAAAAUACCAAUUUCACGGAGGAACAAAUCAAAGAAUGGUAUAAAGGAUUUGUUGUAAGUUGUUUUUAUUCAAAAACUCAAUAAUUAAUUGUAGUUGUUAUCAUAUUAAAUAAUCUAAAUUUGUAGCAAGAUUGUCCAAAAGGUCAUUUGACUAAAGAACAAUUCAUCAAAGUGUACAAGGAUUUCUUCCCGUCUGGGUCUGCUGAAGGAUUUUGUGAACACGUAUUCCGUACUUUCGACACGGAUAAUUCCGGUUUUAUUGAUUUCAAAGAAUUCUUAUUGGCUAUCAAUGUGACGAGUUCUGGAACACCUGAACAAAAAUUGGAAUGGGCAUUUAGAAUGUAUGAUAUUGAUGGAAAUGGAACGAUAGAUGAGAAAGAAAUGAUUAAAAUUAUCGAGGUUCGUUUUUUCUCUCUUCAUUUUUUCGUAGUUUAGAAGACUCGUAAAAAAGCUCCAGAUGUGAAGGUUUCGCCAGAUGUGAAGUGUUUUAAAACGGAAAAGGUCAAAAAUUAUUAAUAGCACGCAAUGACGAAUAAAACUACAAAUUAAUAAUUUAUUUGUGAGAAAUACACCCGAAAAUAGUUUUAUCACUACUAUUUUUAGCUUUGUUUCAGAAUUGUUGGUGUGAGAAAAUUUCAAUUAUACUUUUCAGUUCUUAACUUUGUCACGACUUUUUUAAAUAAAAAAAGAAGCAUUGUACUAAAAAUAAAAGAUAAAACAUCAAGUAUGAUUUUAUGUUUUUCAGGCAAUCUAUGAAAUGCUCGGUCCUGAAGUAACAAAAUCAGCCGAUGAUUCACCACGAAAACGUGCUAAGAUGAUUUUCGAAAAAAUGGACGUAAACAACGACAAAGAAUUGACAUUGAAAGAAUUUGUUGACGGCUGUUUGGCUGACAAAGAACUCUUCCAAAUCCUCACAAACGAGGUCAAAAAAUAA